AUGCCCGACAAAAGACCAAACUGCCUCAUUAUCGUCGCCGACGAUCUAGGCUUCACAGAUAUCAGCUGCUACGGUUCGGAGAUACCAACGCCCAACAUCGACUCGCUCGCAUACGAUGCUGGCGGCCUGCGUUUCACCUCCUUCCAUGUCGCCGCCGCAUGCUCUCCCACGCGCGCCAUGCUGAUGACUGGGACGGACCACCACUUGACCGGUCUGGGUCAACUAUCGGAAUUCGUCCGUAAUUCCCCCGCCCAUCAAGGACGCCCUGGUCAUGAAGGUUACCUCACCGACAAAGUCGUCGCCCUGCCCGAACUACUCCGCGAUGCCGGUUAUCACACGGUCAUGGCUGGCAAGUGGCAUUUGGGCCUGAAACCCGAGUACAGCCCCAAGGCGCGCGGCUUCGAAAGGUCCUUUGCUUUGCUCCCCGGCUGCGCGAACCACUACGCAUAUGAGCCACCAUACGACAACCCCAAAGAGCCCCCUCGUUUCUUCGAGACGGCUGUAACGGCUCUACACAUGGAGGACUUGGAGUAUAUUCCAACCGUGCCGAAAGACUUCUACUCCUCCGACUACUACGCCACCAAACUUCUGCAAUACCUUCACAACCGCACGCCAGAAGAGAAAGAGAAGCCGCUCUUCGCCUACCUCCCCUUCUCCGCACCCCACUGGCCCCUCCAAGCCCCCAAGGAAUCCAUGGAUCAGUUCAAAGGCCAAUACGCCGACGGUCCCGAAGCCUUACGCCUCCGCCGACUCGAGAGCCUCAAAGCCCUCGGCAUGGUAGAGCCUCACGUUGUGCCCCAUCCCAUCGUCACAGGCCCCAACGAGCCCGCAGAAUGGAGUGAAAUGACGGAGCUCGAACGAGCGAAAUCCGCCCGGUCAAUGGAAGUGUACGCAGGCAUGGUGAAACGUAUGGACGAGAACAUCGGGCUCGUGCUCGCCUAUCUUCGAGAUACAGGCGAGUACGACAACACGCACAUUUUCUUCAUGUCGGACAACGGGGCCGAGGGCGCGAGCUACGAAGCGCGCGACGCCAUUCGCGAAGACGUGCUGAAUCACAUUAACAAAUACUACGACAACUCGCUCGAGAACAUCGGGCGGCACGAUUCGUUCGUCUGGUACGGAGCGCGCUGGGCACAAGCUGCCACAGCGCCAUCACGUCUGUACAAGCUGUUCUCAACGCAAGGCGGCGUGCGCGUCCCUCUCGUCCUCAAACCCGCUCGAGUACAGGACUCCGCUCACCCAACCGCAAGAAACACAAUCUCCCCCGCCUUCUGCACAGUAAUGGACAUCCUCCCCACCCUCCUCGACUAUGCCUCCAUCCCGCACCCACAAACCUACAAAGGCAAACCCGUCGCCUCACCGCGCGGCACAAGCUGGAAAACUUUCCUCGACACCCAUCUCUCAACACAACAAAGCACCUCCCCCUGGUCCAUCCACCCCGAAACCCACGCCACAGGCUUCGAAGUCUCCGGCUCGGGCGCCCUGCGUCGCGGUAAGUACAAAAUCACCUAUGUGCCCCUCCCGCACGGUCCGCAGAAGUGGGAGCUGUUUGAUGUCCUAGCGGACCCUGGGGAGACGCGGGAUUUGCGCGAUGAGUUGCCAGGGGUGUUUGAGGAGAUGUUGGCGGAGUGGGAGGUUUAUAAGAAGGACGUCGGGGUUGUGGGGCUGAGGGGGGAGGAUUGGGGGAGUUGGGACGGGGUGAGGGAUGAGUUUGAGGAUACGGGGAAGUGGAUUCGAUUCCUUGGGAGGGAUGGGGAGGGGAGAGUCCAUUGA